AGAUGAUCCCCCCGCUUUGCCGCCUCAGUCCUCGGUGAAGCGGGUCCUGCCACAGGUCCUCUGCUCUCCCUGUCUCUCCACGACGGGCCUCUUCCACCGAGUACUCAGAGAGAGCCACACGCAGGACCCGAGUCGCCAUCACCAUGUCCUGGCUCACGCUCAUCCUGCUGGGGUUGGUGGCGUUCCUGCUGUACAUGAUGUUCAACCAGCCCGACUCCCGCGGCAUGCCCCCAGGACCAAAGGGCCUUCCACUUGUUGGAAACCUGUUCGACCUGCUGUGGGAGGAUUCGAUUCGCUUCUUUGGCAGGCUGGCGGACGAGUAUGGGCCCCUCUACAGCGUGCAGUUGGGCCUCCGUCGGGUGGUCGUGCUCAACUCCUCGCACUGGCUGACUCAGGCUUUCGUCAGGCAAGGGGACAUGUUCAAUCAUCGUCCCAGGGGCACCGUCCUUAGUUUCAUCAUGGGCGGGAAAGGCAUCGCAGACGCAGAGGACCGCGUGUGGAGAGACUCCCGUCGCUUCACCCUCCACGUGCUCAGGGACUUCGGGAUGGGCAAGCGAUCGGUGGAGCAGUACGUGAACAGGGAGCUGCACGAUUUCCUGGAGGCCAUGGAGAAAAAGGUCGGCCAACCCUAUAACCUGCACUACGACCUAGCCACCUCCGUCCUUAACAUCGUGUGGCACAUGUUCGUGGGCGAGCGGUUUCCGAUGGGCGACAAGAACCUCCGCUGGAUCGUCGACUCGCUCGAGAUGUCUCUCACGCUGGUGGAACAAGGCGGCUUCUUGAACUACACGCCGAUGAUCCAAUUUAUCGGCACAUUCCUGAAGCCGAAAGCCUUCAAGGUCGGCUACAACGUGAAGCAUCGCCUCGACUAUUUCGAAAAGCUGAUCCAUGAACACAAAGCCAACCUGGACAACCCCGACCGCAACUUCGACCUCAUGUUCCAGUACUUAUUGGAACAACGACGACAGAUCGAGCAGGGAAAUACCGAUACUAUCUUCACUGAUGACCAACUCAAGUGGCUAGUGAGCGACCUGUUCAUCGUGGGUCUGGACACCACGGUGACCACACUGCGCUGGUGCACGCUCUUCCUGGUGCGGCAUCCCGAGGUCCAGGAGAAGCUCUUCCAAGAACUGGAUGCGGUUAUUGGCACCGACUGCAUGCCUACGUACGAAGACCGUCUCCGGAUGCCCUACAUGGAAGCCUUCACGACCGAGGUCUUCCGCUUCGGUUCCAUCACGCCCCUGGCUCUCCACGGCAAUCCCGAGGAGACGACCCUCAACGGCUACCGAAUCCCCAAGAGGACGUGGGUCAUUGGAAACAUCUGGGGGAUCCACUGGGACAAGAAGUUGUGGGGAGAUCCAGAGAAUUUCCGACCAGAACGGUUCCUGGACGACGAAGGCCAGAUCAUUCGUUCAGAACACGUUGUUCCAUUCUCUGUUGGCCGCAGAAACUGCCUCGGCGAGUCCCUGGCGAGGAUCGAGGCCUUCCAGUUCCUGACGGCGAUGCUUCAACGGUACAAAUUCACGGUCCCGGAAGGCCACGAGGUCCCCGGCACCGGCUUCCACUGCGGCGUGACCCUGAAUCCGCGCGAGUUCGAAGUCCUACUCACGCCAAGGACCGCCAAAGCUGGAUGAUCCCCGAUCCUCUUCUGUUUAGAGAGCGCGGGACGGUUGGUUUUGGCAGUUUGGGUAAUGGCUCAGUGGUGCACUUUUAUGUAUAUUCAAUAAUGCGUAAAACGAAGGACGAGCCGUGGAGAUGGCGAGGAUAACGUUCCUGAUGUUGAUCAAGCGACUGAUCCAUCGUGAUAAUGACAUUGUAUCUAAUAAACGUUUAUGUGUUUAAAA